ACAUAGAAAAACAAAAAAAAAACAAGCGGGAAAAUACUCUUUAUCAAUAAAAUUAAAUUAACCUAAUUUCAAUCAAUAAUAGCUUAAACAACACUCUAUUGCCUUCGUAUUCUUAAAGAGAAACUAUGGAAUCCUUAAAAGCACUACAGGAAUUCAUAAAAACUAAAGACAAUUUUCGAAAUUUUGUUAAUUCUUCAGAGGUUCCUUCUGUUUGUAAAACCGAACCAUGCAUGCUUGGGGUGGAUGAGGCAGGACGUGGCCCAGUACUCGGGCCCAUGGUGUAUGGUGUAGCUUAUUGUCCUUUGAGCCAAAUGAGCGUUCUGAAGGAUCUAGGGUGCGCUGAUUCUAAGGCGCUAACUGAAGAGAAACGAGAUGAUAUAUUUACGAAAAUGCUUACUGAAGAGGACUCUUUAAAUAAUGUGGGCUGGGCUGCUGAAAUUAUAUCUCCUAAUUACAUAUCUAACUCAAUGUAUAGACGAGCAAAGCACUCACUAAAUGAGGUAUCCAUGAACUCGGCUAUAGAUCUAAUCAAGAAAGUGGCAGAAUCCGGAGCUAACAUCACAGAGGUGUAUGUGGACACCGUGGGACCUCCGGAAAAGUAUCAAGCCAGACUCAGUGAGAUCUUUCCCAACUAUAAAAUUACUGUGGCAAAAAAGGCUGACUCUAUCUAUCCCAUAGUAUCAGCGGCCAGUAUUGUAGCCAAGGUGACGAGGGACCAUGCUCUGAAGGUCUGGCAGUUUAAAGAAGGCCUAGAACUGACGCAUGCUGAAUUUGGCAGCGGAUACCCUGGAGAUCCCCUUACAAAGAAGUUUAUCAGAGAGCAGAUUGACUAUGUGUUCGGGUACCCAAUGCUUGUCCGCUUCAGUUGGUCUACAGCUGAACUGAUGCUACAAGAGAAAGCCGCUACCUGUACAUUCGAAGAAAUCGAUGACGAACUUCCCAAGAAAAAAGUGAAAUCAAUCAGUUCCUUCUUCUCCAAACCUGAGGACGGAGAGAGAAAACGGAAGAGGCAUAAGUUCUUUGAGGAGAGGUAUUUGUCUAUGGAUAAUGCAUUUCAAUAAUAGUUUAGUGAAGUAAAGUAGUUGUAUACUUAUUUUUAGAAUCAUUUUCACUGUAUAAUAAACUUAAUUUUAUUAAAGAUCAGAUUUUGAUUUUUUCUUCAGAUUUCAGAUUCCAGUUAGAUUUUGUUUUAUUUUAAAUCAUAUUUUAAGAAAACCAAGCAGCAACAUAUUAAUUACCGUUACAUACUUACAAUAUGUAGUUUAAAGUAAAAAAUAACAAGUUUGUAACCAGUAGGUAGAUAAUAGAUAUACUAUUCAUAAUAAUUAAUAGCUCAUACCUAUUUUAAAUUUCACGGUUGUUGCUCAUUUUAUCCAGAGAUUAUAUGACACGUCACCAUGGUGUUUCGGGUGUCCAUAGGCGGCAGUGAUCGCUUACCAUCAGGCGACCUGUCUGUU